UCACUAAUGGCUACUUCAAAGUUAUUUUCUCUGUCACUCUGUUUAUUUGUUUUGUUGUUGGCCACUAAUGCAUUUGAAGUUUCUAACGAUGGAAGAGCCAUCAAGAUUGAUGGUAAGCGAAGAAUACUUAUAUCUGGAUCAAUCCAUUAUCCUAGAAGCACACCUCAGAUGUGGCCCGAUUUAAUCAAGAAAGCGAAAGAAGGAGGUUUAGAUGCAAUAGAAACAUAUGUUUUCUGGAAUGCACAUGAACCUUCUCGUCGUGUCUAUGAUUUUUCUGCCAACAAUGAUCUCAUUACAUUUCUCAAGACCAUUCAAGAUUCUGGCCUCUAUGCCAUUCUUCGCAUUGGUCCAUAUGUUUGUGCCGAAUGGAACUAUGGAGGGAUUCCUGUGUGGGUUUACAAUCUACCCGGUGUUGAGAUCAGGACCGUCAAUAAUGAGUUUAUGAAUGAGAUGCAAAAUUUCACUACUUUGAUCGUGGAUAUGGUAAAAAAAGAGAAACUUUUUGCUUCUCGGGGUCCCAUUAUUCUCACUCAGAUCGAAAAUGAAUACGGUAACGUGAUUUCACAUUAUGGAGAAGCGGGAAAAGCUUACAUAAAUUGGUGUGCAAAUAUGGCCGAGUCAUUGAACGUUGGAGUUCCAUGGAUCAUGUGUCAAGAAUCCGAUGCUCCUCAGCCUAUGAUCAAUACUUGCAAUGGAUGGUACUGCGACAACUUUCAACCCAAUAAUCCCAACAGUCCUAAAAUGUGGACCGAAAAUUGGGUUGGUUGGUUCAAGAAUUGGGGUGGCAGAGAUCCACACAGAACUGCCGAAGAUGUUGCCUACUCUGUGGCUAGAUUUUUCCAAACUGGAGGCACAUUCCAAAAUUAUUACAUGUACCAUGGAGGGACUAAUUUCGGUAGAACAGCCGGUGGUCCAUAUAUCACCACUACAUACGAUUACGAUGCUCCUCUUGAUGAAUACGGCAACAUUGCUCAACCAAAAUGGGGUCACCUCAAAGAGCUUCAUAGUGUUUUGAAGUCCAUGGAGGAAACUCUUACAAAUGGAAAAGUAUCUGAGACUGAUUUUGGAAACUCUGUUAAGGCCACCGUUUAUGCCACCAAUGGAUCAUCAAGCUGCUUCUUGAGCAACACCAACACCACCACUGAUGCCACCCUAACAUUUAGAGGAAACAAGUACACAAUUCCAGCAUGGUCUGUUAGUCUUCUUCCUGAUUGUCACCAUGAAGAGUAUAACACUGCCAAGGUGAAUGUUCAAACCUCUGUGAUGGUCAAAGAAACCAAACAAGAAGAAAAAGAGCCAAUAGCUUUGAAAUGGACGUGGAGGUCAGAGAAUAUUGAUAAUGCUCUUCAUGCUAAAAGCAACAUCUCUGCACCUGGACUCAUUGAUCAAAAACUUAUGACUAGUGAUACCAGUGACUAUCUCUGGUACAUGACGAAACUUCAUCUCAAGCACGAUGAUCCAGUUUGGAGCGAAAAUAUGAGUCUUAGGAUCAACGGCAGCGGCCAUGUGAUUCACGCAUUCGUUAAUGGAGAACAUAUUGGCUCUCAUUGGGCCACAUAUGGAAUUCACAACGAUAAAUUUGAGUCAAAGAUUAGGUUGAAGCGAGGAACAAAUACCAUAAGCUUGCUUAGUGUCACCGUUGGACUUCAGAACUAUGGAUCACACUUUGAUACAUGGCAUUCCGGUCUUGUUGGGCCAAUUGAGCUGGUGAGUGAGAAAGGUGAUGAAACCAUCACUAAGGAUUUAUCAUCACACAAAUGGCUAUACAAAGUUGGAUUGAAUGGUUGGAACCACAAAUUCUUCAGUGAAGACUCACCUACCAACUGGGAAUCUCAACAAUUACCCACAAAUAGAAUGCUCACUUGGUACAAGACUACCUUCAAAGCUCCUAUGGGUUCAGACCCUGUUGUGGUAGAUCUGAAGGGAAUGGGCAAAGGGUAUGCAUGGGUGAAUGGUGAAAAUCUUGGACGCAUAUGGCCCAGUUAUUUGGCCGAGGAAGAAGGUUGCAGUGAUGAGCCAUGUGAUUACCGUGGAGAGUACACCGACACAAAAUGUGUUACCAAUUGUGGAAACCCGACACAGAGAUGGUACCAUGUUCCUCGCUCCUUUCUGCGUGAUGAUGGUGAAAAUAGUUUGGUUUUGUUUGCGGAGUUGGGUGGUAACCCUUCAUUGGUGAAGUUCGAAACUGUUGUUGUUGGAAGUGCAUGUGGAAAUGCAUAUGAGAACAAGAUCUUGGAGUUGUCUUGCCAAGAUCGUCCAAUUUCUGCAAUUAAAUUUGCGAGUUUUGGUGAUCCCAAAGGAGUGUGUGGAUCAUUCACCAAGGGUAGUUGUGAAAGCAAAAAGAAUGCAUUGUCCAUCAUGGAAAAGGAAUGCGUUGGUAAGAAAGCAUGUUCCAUUGAUGUUUCGGAGAAAAUAUUUGGUCCAACAACUUGUGGAAGUAUUACCAAGAGACUUGCAGUGGAGAUAGUUUGUUAGGAUUUAACUUA